AUGGACAGUAAUUCUCAACAAACAAUUCAGGAUUCUAGUUUAAAAUUAAAGUUUCUAAAGCCUAACCCCGAAAAAUGCGUGGAUAGAGUUCCGACUCUUUCAAAAGUUGAUGGACUGGAAAAUGUGGAAUUGGAAAUUCUCAACCGCUGGUGCUCGAAGUUUUGGAAGAAGAUUUAUGGCUCUGGAUUCAUACUGGACGAAAAUCUGACCAAGGAUUUCACUAAUUACCUCGAACUAAACUCCACAAUUGCAAUUGAUUUAGAUAAGGCUGAUUCUUAUUUAUCGGUUCAAAAAUUACUGUACAACGGCCUUAGACUAGAGUUAGAGAAUUUAUCAGAAAGAUCAAAUAACCAAGUAGGCAGCAAUGGGACUGAAAACUCAGCAAACAGUGUUGUGACUAAAAACGGAUCGGACACCUCUGUAUCCCAGUGUAAACUGUUUCAUAGAUACUAUUAUUCGUGCAGAGAAAACGCAGUGGCCUUGAACAACCUUGUGGUGUUAUCAAACGUAAUUUGGUCCUUGAAAAAAUAUAAGCGUGAUGAGUUUGCUCUUACGUGUUUAAUAGAUAUAUUGUUGCAGUCAUACAUGGUAGCCUUAGAUUCGUUCAUAUCCCUAGGCGGAGUUGAAGUAAUCCGCGAAAACUUUGAGUUCCUGGCCCUCAACGGCCGCCUGAAACAAAGCUCAAAUUAUCUACUCAAGUGCAUGGAACUGCUCGACAAACUGGAUAUAAACUUCAGGAUACUUCAGACUUCAAAGAUUGGAAUUCCAGUUAACUGCAUAGCACUAGGAAGGGCACCUCCCAGGCUCAGCAAGGCUGAUUACGAUUGCUCAAAUGACAAGGUUAAACUAAAGGCAACGAAUUUGAUUAAGAAGUGGAAGGCAAUUAGGGACGCAUCAGUGCCUCAGAAGGAACAGGAACACAAGCAAAAGAAACCAGUUCAAGUCUUGGAGAAGCAAUCUUCAACUGAAUCAACAGGCCCAAUUGAGCACGAAGGUUCUUUUGUACUGGACAUCAUCAACACAAUGGUUGAGCAAAAGGAGAAGGAAAAGAAGAGAAAACUCCAAAUCAAAAACUCGCACCUACCAAGCAAGUAUAAAAUGAAAUCUGGUGAGGUCACAGAUAAUGGUGACAGGUCAGUUGUCUCUGGUAAGGCUGAUAAGGUGGUCGAUAAGGUACAGAAUGAUAAAGAUAAUACUGAAUUAAGUUCAUGUGUAAACAGCAAUAAGCUUGCUUCACUGAUGAACUUUUUCAAGGAAUAUUCUAACAAUUCUGGAAACUCAGAUAAUCCUUCGGCCUCUUCUGAUAAUGCUAAUGGUCAUUCAAGUCAGGAUCACAGUACCAAUAUUACUACACAGAUUUCUAAACCGAUUUCAGAUACUCUUGGUACAACAGUAUCAGAUAAAUAUGGUGAUCUGGAAGAUAAAAGAUCAAUGAUACCACCACCUCCGCCACCACCAUUUAAUAAGGCAAAACAUAACACAUCAGCUGGUAUGUCAUUUGAUGAUCAAAAAGGUGCUAAAGUAAGCAGAUUCACAGGUUAUCCAAUGGUUGGCAAGAUUUUACCACCUGGAGCUGUGCCGCCUCCACCUCCAAAACAGCCUAAACACUCUCAAAAACACUCUUCAUAUAACGUCCGUCAAUACACAUCUUCAAACACUUCUUAUCAAAUGUAUAACCCUUCUAAUUCUGAUUAUAACACAUCAAAUUCUGAUUACAACAGCUUGAAUUCAGAAUAUAAAUCAGUACAUUUUGAGUCACAGAAUAAAAGAUUCAGUACACAUAAGGGAAACUACGCGCCAGAAGUGCUGGGCAGUGAUGUUUCAAUCGCAUACGAAAGUUCAUUUGACAGAACUGAAACUCCAAGUGCCAGAGAGACAAUUGAUAGAAAAUUAGACUUUUAUCGCACAUCAGAAAACAACACUUCAAAUGACCAACAAAUCACACCACCCUGGAAAUAA